UAUUCAAAACUGAAAGUAAAGUAAUGUGGAAAAAUACUCAUCUCUUUGACUGUGGUUAAAAUAGUUUGAAGCUGUGGAAAUAUGUUCCAGCUCAUUGUUAUGAUUCUUUUUGUUUCUGGAUUUACGGUAGCUCAAGAAAAGCAGUUGCUUUGCAGAUCAGAUGACCUGGACAUUUUCUACUCCUCCUGUAGUCCUGGAACCAGUACGUUCUUUUUUACAGUAAAGCCUUGUUCAUUAAAGGUUUCUGUAUGGAUGGGUUUUAUGUUCUGGAUUCCAAAGUUUGAUAUAACCGUUUUGACUUCAUAUACAAGCUUGUGGUAUGGAGGUGUAAAUUCUCUAAAAUGGAAGUCUGUUAUCUGCAAAGGUGUGGAUGAUGGAUAUUCAUUUUGUGGAGCUCUGAAGGGAGAGACAAUCAAUACAACUGUAAGAAUCAGUGGUGCUCAGCCAACAUAUGACCAGGUACCUUGCACAUCUGAAUCCUCAGAAAUAAAAAUAUUGUGUUGCAAAUUUUAGCAAAAUUACUAAUACUAAUAUAUGUUUUUAAAAAUAUAA